AUGCGUUUUGAGAAGACCAUGGGAAGUGCCACUGGAAAAAGCGGACCUGGUGGUCUUUACCAAUGGGUGUCUCACAAUUUGACUGCUUUGAAAUUUGCCCCUAGUUUGGCAACAGAUUUAGGGCAAAUUGCAAGGCACCAGAUUUGGGUCCUCUACAUUCUGGAAAGUCCUCUGCAUUCUUCAGCAUACUCAGAGCCACAUUCUGUAAAUUGGACAGCCACAUACCGCUCAGACUCUGACAUUGCCACUCCACAUGGAAAGUGGAUGUACUUUGAUGAAAGGGUUCAAUCUCAAGAGCAAAAUACAAAUCUGGCUAUGAACAAGACAAAGAAAGUUGCAUGGUUUGUGUCAAAUUGCGAAACUGUCAACCAUCGUCUUGACUAUGUAAAAGAACUCAGCAAGUACAUUCAAGUGGACAUUUUUGGAGCUUGUGGGAGCCUGGUUUGUCCAAGGAAUAAUGCAAGCACGUGUUCUGUGAUGUUAAGGGAUACUUAUAAAUUCUACUUGGCUUUUGAAAACAGCAACUGCAAGGAUUACAUCACUGAGAAAUUUUUCAACAAUGCAUUGACUAACAAUGUCAUACCCAUUGUCAUGGGAGCAAACAAAGAGGAUUACCUGAAAGCUGCGCCACUGAACUCAUUCCUGCACAUCAAUGAUUUUGAAUCAGCAAAAGAACUUGCUGAAAAGUUGAAUGAAAUUGACAAAGAUGAUGACCAGUUCAAUGCUUUUUUCAAAUGGCAGGGAACUUGGGAUUUUGUGGACACUAACUUCAUGUGCAUUCUUUGUGGAAUGAUCCAUGAUCCACAGAAAAGAGAGAAAAGCUACAUGGACACAAAGCAUUGGUGGCAAAACAACACAUUGUGUCUACAAAGACGUACGAAGAUCUUUUUCACCGCUGUGCUGAUUUCUACGAGUAUUCUCGGGAUUUUCCGCUUCCCAAGCCAAGAAAUGCCCAAGGAAACGCUCAAAUAUUCAAAUUCGAGUCUAAAUACGAGUUUCACCAACUUCUCGUUAAUUUCAAAACGACCCAUGAAAGUGUCUGAAAUCUCGGGACUUCCAUAUUUCUUCACCAACGGAAUGACAAAGCCGUCUCAACUGCGAGAACCCCGAACUUUCCCAGUUUACCCAGAAGAAGCCCCUCAACUAGACCGAAUCUUAGAACAACUCAUGUUCUCUCCAGCAUCACUACCAUUAUUCCUGCAAAUCAGCAGCAAAACAAUAUUACUCACCUCGGGUUUCGAUUGGUUGCCAUCCGGAAACACGGCAUUCAAUCAUUGCCCAGUGACGAAAUGCGAAUUGCGACGAAGUCACGAAAUCCCGUUCGCGAAUUCCGACUUGGUGUUGUUCGCGAACACAGCGACAUCUAUGGAAAGAACCGUGGACUAUUCGCAUCAAAUAUGGGUCAUGUACAUUCUGGAAAGCCCUCAUCAUUCGUCUGCCAAGUUCCCUCAAGAAUCCAUCAACUGGACAGCGACUUACCGAUGGGACUCCGACAUUGUGGCACCGUACGCAAAAUGGAUGUAUUUCGAUGAGCGUGUUCGAUUUUCGCAACAAGCGGGCAACAUGGCGGCGAACAAGACCAAGAAGGUGGCGUGGUUCGUGUCCAAUUGCGGGGCGAAUAACAAUAGACUCGAAUACGCCAAUGAGUUGGGGAAGUACAUACAAGUGGAUGUUUAUGGGGCUUGUGGGACACUGGAGUGUUCUCGAAGCAAAGGCGAGGAGUGUUUUGAGAAAUUGAAAAGAGACUACAAGUUCUACUUGGCAUUUGAAAACAGCAAUUGCAAUGACUACAUCACAGAGAAGUUCUUCAUCAAUGGAUUGCAGAACAACGUGAUACCCAUUGCACUGGGAGCCAGGAAAGAAGAUUACGCAAAAGCCGCCCCAUUGAAUUCAUUCCUGCAUGUGGAUGAUUUUGAAUCGCCGAAAGCAUUGGCGGAUAAAUUGCACGAAAUUGACGCAGAUGAUGACAAGUUCAAUUCUUUUUUCAAAUGGAAAGGAACCGGGGAAUUCGUCAACACUCACUUCAUGAACAACGUGAUACCCAUUGCACUGGGAGCAAGGAAAGAAGAUUACGCAAAAGCCGCCCCAUUGAAUUCAUUCCUGCAUGUGGAUGAUUUUGAAUCACCGAAAGCAUUGGCGGAUAAAUUGCACGAAAUUGACGCAGACGAUGACAAGUUCAAUUCUUUUUUCAAAUGGAAAGGAACUGGGGAAUUCGUCAACACUCACUUCAUGUGCAGACUUUGUGCUCUGCUUCAUGAUCCCUACAAAAAUGCAAAGAGUUAUUUCAACACUGAAUCA